AUGUCUCGCAGACGAACCGGCAUUACCAUCCAUCACCCGGCUAAUUCCCAGGAAUGCGAAACACAGGCAAAUCCCACCAGCGCCGGCCACGAAUCCACGAUGCCCCAUGUUCGCAAGCACGACCAGAUCAAAUUGGCUUCCGAUUCGCAUGCCUCGCGACGUCAUGGCGCCAACAAGGCCGGUCGAGCAUGA